GCCACUCUCAACCCCAGCACAAGUGCCAACACCAUCAGGCCCUCCUCGGCCCCGUCCCCCUCUCCAGCCUCCCCUGCUUCUCCCGCGGCACCAGCAUUUGCCUCAGCAGCACCAUCGCUCGUCAGCCAACCUGCAACCGACGCGCGGCCGGGAACGCAAGCCUCGUCAUCGACCGCCCCUCGCUUCUCCCAGCACACCCAAGAACGGAGCGUGCAGAUUUUGCAUCCGUCCGAGCAAGUACCCGGGCCGUCCCGCCCGGUGCUCGAUCCCCUCCAGAGCGGGCCGGAGACCAUAAACCCGCAGCCCCGGCCACAGUCGCGAAGAGCGUCGGCCAUGUACGGCGAGCGCGACCCGUACUCGAUCCGGGACCGCGAUGCGUCUGCCGCCGCAUACGACAAUGGCGCGUCUGCACCGCCGACGAGACGGUCGACGAUUAUUGCGGACGGGGAUAGGUAUCCGGAGAUGGAUGGCGGGGAGAGGACGCGGGCGAAGCCAUCGAGGCGGUCGACGAUGAUAAGCCAGGUGUCGUCGAAGAUAAAUUUGGAUGAUAUAAUUCCGCACAUGGAUCGAGAAGCGCUUUCUCAUAUCCGAGACGUGCGGGUCAAGCUUCUGCUCGGGGCUGCGUAUGUAGAGAAGCGGAAGUAUCAGUGGAAAGCCAAAAUCCACGGAUACGCGCUCAAUUGCGCUAUCGGACUCCAGGUUCUUCUUGGAACGCUCACGACGGCUCUCUCAGUCGCUACCACAGGCCGGCAGACGUCCAUCAUGACCGCAACUCUCGGCGGAGCCGCGACCAUGGUCGCUUCCUACCUUGCGCGGGCGCGGGGCUCGGGUGAACCUGAGGCCUCGAAUACAAAGGUCAGGGACCUCGACCAGUUCUGUCGCGAGUGCCUCUCCACGGACCUCGACGCGCAUGGCGGAGACAAGUCGAUCGUCGAUCGCCGCAUCAAUGAUCUGAGAGUGCGGUUUGAGGAGCUGCUAGGGAACGCUACGGCAGACCGGCAUACGUCAUGACCACCUUCGUCAAGCUAGUCCGCUGGCAAGCUCGGUCCGGUCUAGCAUGCAAGCGCUCCUUGUGAACCUCCCCUCGACGAUACCCCGCACAUACACCUUUAUACCGACCAACCAACGCACUCAAACGCACAAGUGCUGUGCCCACGCACCACCACUCCUGGCCUUUACGGCCUUUCCUAAUUCUAGCCUGUGAAUAACUAACCCACCGCGUUCUCUUCCGUUGCCUUCUCUUCUCUCCGGGAUUUGCUUCGCACAUCGUCUUCUUUGCUCGGUCUACAAGCACGGUUGAUACUUACUGCUACAUAUACCAUUACUGUACUGUACUUAAGUCCAGGCCUGCUGCUAGAGGUAUAUAGACACUGUCCUGGAACCCCCACGCGCAUUCUCACGCACCGUCUACCCAACUGACCAGAUUAUCC